GCGCGAACAAUGUAAACGAACCGCCUAUCCUGGAACCAGGUGGAUACCCUGCGGGCCUGCCGCUCUCCGAAUCAACCAAAGUCGGUACGGAAGUGUUCGUCCUCAAGGGCCACGAUCCCGAAGGAUCACCGGUGAAAUAUGGCAUACAACUCACGGACCAUUUCGUCGUAAAUCCACGCACCGGCGUUAUCACGUUGGCGAAACCUCUGAAUCGCGAGGAGUCCGACACGAUACGAUUCCGCGUGACCCUGGAAGACGAAGUGCCCGCGGGCCAACAGCCGAACAUCGUCGGCGUGGAUGCAUACGUGAUCGUGCUCGACGAGAACGACAAUCCACCGCGUUUUCUGAACGUGCCGUACGAGGCUGUGGCCGAGGAGGACCUCCCCGUUGGCUCGACCAUACUUCCGGGCAUUAGAGUAAUGGACCCUGACCUGCUGGGCGACACCAUAGAUCUAACCUGCGUGCCUCAGCCACAG